GUGAUUUUUGUGAGAAAAACAAGAAUUAGAUGGAUACCCAUUUCCAUUUCCUUUUUGCUCUUAUAUUCUUAGCUUUGGCUACUCCCAUUGCCUUUGCCAAUGAUCCUAGUCCCCUGCAGGACACUUGUGUUGCUGUAAAUGACUCAAAAUAUGGAGUUUUCGUGAAUGGAAAAUUCUGCAAGAACCCAAAACUUGCCACAGCCGAUGAUUUCUUCUUUGCGGGGCUUGACAUCUAUGGGAACACCUCGAAUAGACUUGGGUUGGCAGUAAAUCCGGUGACUGUAGACCAGCUACCUGGACUCAACACACUAGGCCUAUCCAUGAGUCGCUUAGACUUUGCACCAUAUGGUCUCAACCCUCCACACAUACACCCUCGAGGCACAGAGAUAAUAACAGUCCUGGAGGGUACUUUAUAUGUUGGCUUUGUAACCUCCAACCCUGAUAAUCGACUCAUCACCAAAGUCCUUAACAAGGGAGAUGUGUUUGUGUUCCCCAUAGGACUCAUUCAUUUCAAAUACAAUAAAUGGAAAACCAAUGCUGUUGCCAUUGCAUUUUUAAAUAGUCAGAGUGCUGGUGUGAUCACCAUCGCAAAUGCUGUCUUCGGAUCGAAGCCUUCAAUAUCGGAUGAUGUUCUUGCCAAAGCCUUCCAACUUGACAAAAAAGUAGUUGAUUAUCUUCAAGCUCAAUCUUGGGGGGACAAUUAGGAAGGAUAUUAGAAAAG